UCCUUUUUUCGUCAUCUAUUCCCCCCACCCACUGGAUUCAGUCAGGAGUGUGAUUGGCUCUUCCCGUCGUUGCUAUGGUGAUGCGAGUGCUCCCGCCUCCCCGGCCUAGGCCCUGAGGAGAAGAAGGGGAUGGAAGGCGGCAAGGCGGGAGAGGCCAUUCCGGCCUCAAUCACCGCCGUAGCCGACGCCACCACGGCGAGCGUGUUCUCCCUGGCGGGGCUGGGCGCGGCCUUGCGGACGGGGCCCGAGGCUCCCGAUCCCGCCUCGCUGGGCUUCCUCCAGCUGCCCUGGCAGCACGGGCCGCGCCUGGGGGGCAAGGUGCUCGGCCGACGCCGCCGGGCCGCCCGGCUGCACCGCAGAGCGGGUCCCACCGGGAAGGAGAGCCACGCUCUGAAAAGGUUAAGAGAAGCUGCGAAUUCUAAUGAUUUGGAAACAGUACAGCGGCUCCUGGAAGAUGGGGCAGACCCCUGUGCAGCUGAUGACAAAGGUCGAACGGCACUGCACUUUGGUUCAUGCAAUGGAAAUGAUCAUAUUGUGCAGUUGCUCUUGGACCAUGGAGCUGAUCCAAACCAGCGAGAUACACUGGGGAACACACCCCUGCAUUUGGCUGCCUGCACGAACCAUGUUCCUGUCAUCACUACUUUGCUCCGAGGAGGAGCUCAAGUAGAUGCCUUGGAUCGAGCUGGAAGGACCCCUUUGCAUUUGGCAAAGUCUAAGCUGAACAUCUUGCAGGAGGGACUCUCACAGAAUCUGGAAGCAGUGCGUCUCGAAGUAAAGCAGAUCAUUCAGAUGUUGCGGGAAUACCUCAACCGCCUUGGGCGCCAUGAACAGCGGGAACAGCUGGAUGACCUUUGUACAAGGCUACAGAUGACCAGUACAAAAGAACAGGUGGAUGAGGUUACUGACCUGCUUGCCAGCUUUACCUCACUCAGUUUGCAGAAGCAGAAGAUAGAGAAGAGGUAAUGUUUUCCCCCGAAUGGUUCUCUCAAUCAAAAGGAAGAUCUGCAGGAUGACGAAGAUCAGCCAAGACUCAUCUGCAAGACUGCAGGUCUGCUGUUGCUGACUCUACAAAUGUGAUUUUCCUCCAAGGUCUAUACCAAAUUGCCUGAGACUGUUGGGCCACUGUUGCUGCCUCAGACUCUUUUUUUGUGGACAAGAGAGGCUCAUGGAGAGGCUCUGGCUUUGAGUACAAUGGCUUAUUUUUCCUUGUUUGAUUUUGGUAUGCAUCUGGACUUCUCUGACUAUUUUCUAUAGGGGAGCAGCUGGAUUUUAAGGACAGUGUCAUGUUUCACAGUGUGAGCACAUGGGGAAAGCGAUACCUGUAGGGCACAUUGCUGCACAUGACUUAUCUGCCUUUAAUCUCCCAAUAUUUAAGCACAAUAAUUGUUGAGCAUUUUUAGAACCUCUAUACCCCUGCAUUUUUAACAAGGGGCAUAUUUUAACCUGAGAAUGGGUUGAAGGGUCCAGCCAACCAGGCUAGCUGUACCCACCCACAAAGGAGUGCAUUAAUGGCUAUCCUUUCCCUAGCACCUCAGCAUCAAAAGCUUUUAAUUUCUUCACUUCUGCAUCUCAUCUGUUCACUCCCACAUUGUGUUUUGUCUUGUGUGUGUGUGUGUGUGUGGAGAGGACUCCCUAAAGCCUCUCUUGGCUGCUCAUAUUCAGAAUACUAGGAAAGAGAGCUCUUUGAGUCUAUCUACUGCAUAUCUGAUUCUGAUAUCUAUCUGCUGCCCUGCAGACUAGGAUGCGGAACAAUGGCUUCAAAUUACAGGAAAGGAGAUUCCACCUGAACAUUAGGAAGAACUUCCUAACCGUGAGAACUGUUCAGCAGUAGAACUCUCUGCCCCCGAGUGUGGUGGAGGCUCUUUCGGGGCUUUUAAACAGAGGCUGGAUGGCCGUCUGUUGGGGGUGCUUUGAAUGCGAUUUUUCUGCUUGGCAAGGGGUUGGACUGGAAGGUCCAUGAAGUCUCUUCCAACUCUAUGAUUCUAUAAGUAGCUAUUUUAUCAUAAAGGGCCCAAUGAGCAUCUCAUCAGGGGAUACUGCACCCAAUCCACUACUUGUAGUACACUCUGUCUCCCUGCCAUUUAUCAUAAUGUAUCUGCUCCAGAAAACGGAUGGAAGCAAAUAUGGAAUUAUUAUUACUCAGGUUUGCUUCAUAUCUCACUUUGCUUACUACCAGGACCAGAAAUACUCCAAAGAAGGAGAGUCCAACCCUUUUGGGGCAGUCCAUUUCACUGUAUCUCGUACCACCAUGAUUGCUGGCUUUGGUGGAUCAUUUGUCUGACAGCCAUAUUUCUGUCACAGAUAGAAAGAAAACUUGUCACUUUUUCAGAUGCUAAUAUAUUUCAUGGCCUUUCCACACUGUGAGAGAUCAAGGUCUCCUCUUAUACAAAGGUCUGGAUGCCUGACAUAUGCUGACCUGUUAGACUGAAAUCCUACAAUGAUCUCCUUGCCUUGUGUUUUGACUUCAACCAGCUCAUAAUCAUGAAAAGAAGAGGGUUGGCAUGUAUUUAGCAAAUGCUUUCAUGGGAGUCAGUGGUCUGUUCCUUGUAUCAUUGAAAUACCAAGUUUGUUUUGGGACCUUGAUACUAGUAGUUUAUUGUGACUUCUUUAAAAGUACGCUGUUUUUGUGACCGACAAGAGUAUAACUUGAUUCAUAUCAUGGAUUUGAUAAGCCAAGCGGCUUUGGUAGAGGAAGAUUUCAAUACUCAUUGAAAGGAAGUUUGAGACCAGGUUGGCUGAUCUUGCCUGAGCUGUCAUUGUUGAUGCCAAAAACUUUAUUCCAGUGUGCAAGCAGAGAAGGAGGCAAUAUGAACUUUGCCAUUGUAAAUUUCAAUAAAAUGCUGUUUGCCUUCA